UUAUUAAAACAAAUUUCAAUACAAGCUCAACGGCAAUAUACUACAAUGACCAGCAAAAGAAUUGCAGUCUGUCAAAUGACAUCUGUAGCGGAUAAGGAAGCAAAUCUAAAUGUUGUUAGUAAAUUAGUUAGUGAUGCAGUGCAAGACAAUGUCCAGAUGAUAUUUUUCCCAGAAGCAUGUGACUUUAUCUGUGAUAACAAGCAAGAUACAUUGAACUCGGCUGAGUCAUUACUAACUGGCAGCACUGUUAAGAAGUAUAGAGAAUUAGCAGCUAAGAAUAAUGUCUGGUUGUCUAUGGGAGGUGUUCAUGAAAAAGACGAAUAUAAUCCAAAUAAACUUUUCAACACUCACAUAAUAAUAAACAGCAACGGGGAAAUUGUACAAACAUACAGAAAAGUACAUUUAUUUGAUGUGGAGAUACCAGAAAAAAGUAUACGAUUAAAGGAAAGUGAUUUCUGUACACCGGGCAAAGAAAUCGUCGCUCCAGUUGAUUCACCUAUCGGAAAGAUUGGUCUAUCCAUAUGUUACGACAUGCGUUUUCCAGAACUAAGCACUGCUUUAAGUAUAUUGGGCGCCGAGAUAUUAACAUAUCCGUCUGCGUUCACUUACGCUACUGGCUUAGCACAUUGGCAUAUUCUAUUAAGAUCAAGAGCGAUAGAAAACCAAUGCUACGUAAUAGCAGCCGCUCAGACUGGACAUCACAAUAAGAAGCGUCGGUCAUAUGGCCAUGGCCUUAUCGUGGAUCCAUGGGGCGAAGUCCUAGCGGAUUGUGGGGACUCCGCCCCUAACUAUCAAGUCGCUGAAAUAACGGAUAGGAUUGCUGAAGUUAGACGAAAUAUGCCUGUAUUUCAGCAUCGAAGACCAGACAUCUAUUCACUAUACACCUUAAGUCUACGAAACACCCUCUUAGAUGAACAUUCAGAUAAAACUACCCCAGUCGAGAAUCAAACCCAUCACCAAACAAGUGGACCGACAAACGUGUUUGGACAUGUUCGAGUACCAGAAUCUUGUGUCUUUUAUAAAUCGGAUUUGACAUAUGCUUUUGUUAACUUGAGAUGUGUGACACCGGGUCACGUGCUCGUAGCUCCGAUAAGACUGGUCGAAAGGAAUAAAGAUUUAACCGAUGAGGAAUCUGAUGAUUUCUAUAGAACUGUCCGAUUGGUUCAAAAUUUAAUGGAGAAGGUACACAAGACAACAUCUUGUACCGUUACAAUACAAGAUGGGCCAGACGCCGGACAAACUGUUAGGCAUCUACAUUGUCACGUAAUGCCAAGAAAGAAAGGAGAUUUUAUUGAAAAUGACUUGAUUUACUUGGAAUUAGCAAAACAUGACCAGAUUAAACCCGGUCAUCCGUCGAAACCAGCUAGAAGACUAGAAGAUAUGGAGAAAGAAGCAGCGAUGUUGAGAGAACAAUUAAAGAAGAUGGCAGAAGGAAGCUAAUUUGUGUUAUUUAUGUGUAAAUAAAUUUUAUGAUCAAAUAUAUUGUAAUUUAAGGCUGUGUUUUAUACAGAACAUAUUGUAAUAAUAUUUUAUUUUUAAUCAA